AUGUAUUUUGGUUCCAGAAAGAGAGAAGGCGUUGCAAACAUAAAACCUAGUAGUACUGCUGCAGAAAAGAAUCAAGAAAAAGAGUAUUUGGUGGAAAAUUUAAUCAAGGAUUUUGAAAAAAAAUUAGGACAAGAAACAGAUAAAAGAAAAAGGAAGGAAAAAAUUGGGCGUGGUCGCCGUUUACGUACAUUUUCAAAAUCUGCAGUUACACCUAGUUGUUCAUCAGAAAUCGACAAUAUCGACCAUGUCAACGAUAUUUCUAAAACAAUACAAACUGAGAAAAUUGCGGAAAAAAUUAUAGGUGUAUAUGAUAACUUAGUAAGUGGACAAUUAGUAUUUUUAAUGAAAUGGAGAGGAAUUGAAGAAGCUGAUUUAAUCCCAGCUGAAGAGACUAAAUCACAGUGGUCUCAAAUCGUUAUACAAUAUUAUGUAGAACACCUUAUAUGGAAGUCCGCCUGUUGA